AUGUUCCAGUCCACAACGUCUGUGAUGAGAUUCUCCGUGUCUGACAACGUCACACAUUCAGCUACCCUGGUGACAGCACCAGACAAUGUGACGACCCUGUCCCCGACAACGACACAGGCAGUCAAUGACACCAACAUCACUGUGCCACACAAGUGCCUGUUGCUGCUCUAUGAGGACAUUGGGAAGUCCAGAGUCCGCUACUGGGAUCUUCUGCUGCUGGUUCCCAAUGUGCUUUUCUUUAUGUUUCUUCUCUGGAAGCUGCCUUCUGCCAGGGCCAAAAUCCGUGUCACCUCCAGCCCGAUCUUCACUACUUUCUACAUACUAGUAUUUGUGGUGGCUUUAGUUGGUAUUGCCCGUGCUGUUGUCUCCAUGACUGUGAGUGCCUCUGAUGCUGCCAUGGUUGCUGAUAAGAUCCUGUGGGAGAUCACAAGGUUCUUCCUUCUGGCGAUCGAGCUGAGUGUGGUGAUUCUAGGCCUCGCCUUUGGUCAUCUGGAGAGCAAGUCAAGUGUGAAACAUGUUCUGGCAAUCACUACAGUGCUGUCCCUGGCAUAUUCUGUCACCCAGGGUACCUUGGAAAUCCUGUACCCUGAUGCCCACCUCUCAGCAGAAGAUUUCAACAUCUAUGGCCAUGGAGGGAGACACUUUUGGCUUGCCAGCUCCUGUUUCUUCUUUCUGGUCUAUUCCUUGGUGGUGAUUCUUCCAAAAACUCCUCUGAAAGACCGUAUUUCUUUGCCCUCCAGGAAGAGUUUUUAUGUUUAUGCUGGAAUCCUGGCGCUGCUGAACCUGGUGCAGGGCUUGGGCAGUGCCCUCCUCUGUGUGGAUAUCAUAGAAGGACUGUGCUGUGUUGAUGCUACCACGUUCCUCUACUUCAGCUUCUUUGCACCUCUCAUCUAUGUGGCAUUCAAAAAAUUCUUUGGGUCUGAACCGAAGAUCCUUUUCUCCUACAAAUGUCAGGUGGAUGAACCCGAGGAUGUGGAUGUGCACCUACCCCACCCUUAUGCUGUUGCCAAGAAGGAAGGAAUGGAUUCUGGGUUCUACUCAAGCACUCAGAUUGACACCACAGCCUACCUGGACGACGUGGCUUCUAUGCCCUAUCACGUGGGCAGCAUCAACAGCAUAGACAGUGACCGCUGGAAAGCCAUCAAUGCCUGA